AUGUCGUCUCUUCCUACGCGCAUACGACAGAACAUCCGUGAUCAUAUCACAUCGCCAACAUGUCCUCUUGUACUCAAGACAACUUCGGUGACUGAGAAUCUUGGGUAUCCAAUUGUUUUGGAUCCAGAAUGGACCAUGCUAUGGAAGUCACUCCAGGAAUACUAUCCUGAUUCGACUAUUUUUGUGCCCACCGUCGCAGCCACGAUUCUAUCUUGGUGUGAUGCAUUGACCAUAUGGCUUGAAAACGAAGAGAACGAAGAGCACGUUGAGCAGCUUCUUGACGCACUGAAAGCCCGCUCGAGCUUGACGUUGGUGUUGGAGAUUUCCACAACUUCUCAGCGACCAACAACAGCAUGGCGAGCGAAUAAGUCUGUCUUCGUCAUCGCACUUCCAAAAGCGAAGCCAGCAUAUCUGAAUACCAUUCUGGCAGGGUUUGCGACGGAUCUAAUGAAUCUCUUCACAGCUUCGCCCAUGAUUUCCUCCACAAAUGUGGCAACCAAGGCUUUGCCUGUAUUGGAAGACCCUGAAGACUGGGCUGAUUUGGACGCUGAAUUAGAUCGAAACCAUCAGACAUCCAUUCAUGCCAAUUCAGCUGCAAGAACUCAAGAUGUUGAUGAGCCAAUGCCAGAAGUGUCGACUCUUAUGAGGCCGGAGGAGCUGACAAAACGACCCCCGUAUUUGAUAGUGGUAAAACAGGAAGGUCCGAUGAAAGUAGUGGUUCAUGGAAGCCAUACUCCAAGUUUAGCAUGUCUCGAAGGGUACCUGAAAAGAUGGUGCAGAGGUGAAGCGUCGAGAGCGAAUCGGCCACCUGUUGUCGAGAUCAAGCUGCAGGAGUCAGCAUUUGGUCUUGGACUGAUGAAUGAUGCACUUACACUAGAGGCGAUUAGAGGUAGGGAGGUGAACGCAAUGGUGAUUCUUGUCUUCGUGGAGAGUGUGCUUGGGUAUGCUCCUGUCAACUCCAUCGGUUCCGUUGGAUCUAUCUGGGAGUUCCGGAGAAUGAGAGGAUUCAAGUGA